AUGGAGCGCCACGUCUAUGUUAUGGGGAGACCCAAGCUGAAAGCUUUCUUGUACAUGGAGCGCCACGUCUAUGUUAUGGGGAGACCCAAGCCAAAAGCUUUCUUGUGCAUGGAGCGCCAUGUCUAUGUUAUGGAGAGACCCAAGCCGAAAGCUUUCUUGUACAUGGAGCACCACGUCUAUGUUAUGGGGAGACCCAAGCCGAAAGCUUCCUUGUGCAUGGAGCGCCACGUCUAUGUUAUGGGGAGACCCAAACUGAAAGCUUUCUUGUACAUGGAGCGCCACGUCUAUGUUAUGGGGAGACCCAAGCUGAAAGCUUUCUUGUACAUGGAGCGCCACGUCUAUGUUAUGGGGAGACCCAAGCCAAAAGCUUUCUUGUGCAUGGAGCGCCAUGUCUAUGUUAUGGAGAGACCCAAGCCGAAAGCUUUCUUGUACAUGGAGCACCACGUCUAUGUUAUGGGGAGACCCAAGCCGAAAGCUUCCUUGUGCAUGGAGCGCCACGUCUAUGUUAUGGGGAGACCCAAACUGAAAGCUUUCUUGUACAUGGAGCGCCACGUCUAUGUUAUGGGGAGACCCAAGCUGAAAGCUUUCUUGUACAUGGAGCGCCACGUCUAUGUUAUGGGGAGACCCAAGCCGAAAACAUUCUUGUAUAUGGAGCGCCACGUCUAUGUUAUGGGGAGACCUAAGCUGAAAGCUUUCUUGUACAUGGAGCGCCACGUCUAUGUUAUGGGGAGAUCCAAGCCGAAAACUUUCUUGUAUAUGGAGCGCCACGUCUAUGUUAUGGGGAGACCUAAGCUGAAAGCUUUCUUGUACAUGGAGCGCCACGUCUAUGUUAUGGGGAGACCCAAGCCGAAAACUUUCUUGUACAUGGAGUGCUAA